UAAAGCCUAAAACCCUACUCCUAUUCCUAAAAACCAUCUCUACACACACCUCACACACUACUCACUAACGUUUACACCAUCGGCAGUCGUCACCCCCACCGCCGCCGGAGAUGGCGUUAUGCUCACUUCGCCUCCGUCGCGCAUUGUCUCUAUCCUCCUUCCUUCUCCACCAGCAUUUCCACUCCCCUAAACUCCUUUCUCCCCUGCACUCAAGCUCUUCUGCUUUGUUCGGACCCCAAAACCCUAGAACCACCCCUUCCUUUUCCGAUUUUCAUUCGUUCAGGCAUUUUAGAUCGUCGCCGAUCUCUCUCUCUUCCCGAAACCGACGUUUCGAGUCCGAUGACCAGAUGGAAAUUACAGCAGACACUAUUCUAUUUGAAGGUUGCGAUUACAACCACUGGCUCAUCACCGUCGAUUUCCCAAGGGAUGUUGAUAUUCCUGCUGAACAGAAGGUUCAGAAAUACGUCGAAAUUGCUGCUGGAGUCUUUGGAAGCGAAGAAGAGGCAAAGAAGAGAAUCUAUGCCUGUAGCACAACGACCUAUCAAGGUUUUCAGGUUGAAUGUUCUGAGGAAACGUCUGAGAAAUUCAAAGAGAAUCCAGCAGUUGUUUUUGUGUUGCCAGAUUCCUACAUUGAUCCUGUUAACAAAGAGUAUGGAGGAGACAAGUACAUUAAUGGAACUAUAAUUCCUAGGCCACCCCCAAUAAUGUCUGUGAGACGGAAUCCCCGUCAGUUUUCUAGACCUCAGCGUCCAGAAAACUGGGGCUCUGGGCCGGGGGAUGCAAGGAAUUUUGGCCCCCAACAAAGUCAUCCUAGUCAACAAAAUUUUGGUCCUCAACAAAAUCAUCCAACUCAACAAAAUUUUGGCCCUCGACAAAAUCAUACUACUCAACAAAAUCAUCCAACUCAACAAAAUUUUGGUCCUCAACAAAAUUAUGCUGCUCAACAAAAUUUUGGCCCUCCUCGUGGUCCUGUCUCUCAGCAGAAUUAUAGUCCGCCACAGAAUACUCCACCUCAACAGACUUAUGGGCAACAGCAAAAUGCUCCACCUCGACAAUAUUAUGGCACGCCAGAAAACACUACAGCUCAUCAGAAUUACGGAUAUCACUCACCUCAGCAUAAUUAUGGUCAGUCGCACAAUCAUCCAAAUCAGCAGAACUAUGGCCCUCCACAGAAUUUUACUCCCCAGCAGAAUAAUGGUUCACCUGGGAUGCAUUCUCCAAUUCGGCAGAAUUAUGGGCAACCUGGAGGGAUAGAAGGUAGAGGUCCCACAACUGCUUCUGGGGCUUGGGAUCAGUUUCGUGGUGGCAGAGGUGAUUUCCCUCAAGGAGAUCAGAGGUAUACAUCUAUUGAUAGUGGAAACUCUGCAGGUCAAAGUUACACGCCUUCACAAGGUGGGACCUUUCAUCAGGGCAUAGGAGGAGCUCCAGCGCAGGAAAUGGGCCCUGCAUAUGGGCAGAAUUACCCAAGGCACGGAGAAGAUCAGAAAUUCUCAGAGGUCGACCAGAGAAGCAGAUUCCCGAGUGGGGACCAAAGGAAUUUUGCCUGACCAUAGUAAGCUAUUAAGCUUGAAGUGGAAGCUUUUGUUUUGCUCAUAUAUUUUUUUGAGUCUUCUGUAGUGAGGCCACUCUUUCUUUUUCCAUUUGAGUCUGAGUUUUGGAAUUAAGCUAGGUAGAAGCUGUAAAUUAUCUGGAUCCUCUUGUUUUAUUGUAAGUAGCAGGUUUUUUUUUUGGGGAUUAAGUCUAAUGUUGACACUCCCACCACCACCCCUACCUAUGUAUGGUAGAAGAAUAUCACUGGUGGAGUUGUUCUACUUCUAUUAUAACCGAGUCCUAAGGAUGGGAUUCAUAUGGUUUUGGGUUCAAUUAGUCUGAAAUUAGUAAUGUCAACAGAGUAAAUGCUUUUCUGGGUUGAGCUUGUUUCAGCUACCUCUCUCUGAAUAUGCUAGGUAAUAUUCAUCUUACGUUAAUGUAUGUGUAGUAAAUCUUCUAUGAGCCAAUUCGAUUUGCAAGAGGUCCUCUAGAAAUAUCAUGAAAGGAACUAAAUGAGAAGAUGUACAUUGGUGGAUUUGUGUUUUCCCCCCCCUCAGAAGGCUAAGCUUGACCUGUUUACUGUCCUUAAGAAGUGAAUGUGGGUAUAUAAGGAGAAGUGGGAUUAAUUAAAGAUAUACCCUUGUAUCAUUUCUCCAUGUUAUAGCUAUAUUAUCCUUUUUCAACGUUUCUCUGUUUUUAGUUUACUUCCAUGAAUGUGUUAGUUCUCUUUGUUUUCACUCUCCUUACUCUUUGCUGAUUAGUACUUUGUGUACGAGCAGAAGCUUAUGAAUUAUUUUCCAUGCUUCUUGUUUUUACCUCAUGAUGGCUGCUGCAAUAUCUUUUCCAAAGCUGUUACUUAUUUUUCAUACAUCGCAUUCACUUUCUUUUGCUGUACUUUUGCGGAUAAUUCAUGUUAAUUUUCCGUUGCAUCAGCUUAUCUCUUGUUUCAACUUGCGUGGAUUCAUCAAGUGUUAAAGCAUUAAUUUCAGGAAGUCCAUAUUCUUGCUUGUGGUUGUAGAAAUUUUUGGAUAAAAAUGUCCUCUUCCCCCAGCAUAUUACGUUUAGAAUAUGUAUGAGAAUUCCAUUGUUUUUUUUUUUCACAUUUACCCAAGGGUGAUCUUUUGAAGCUAUACAAUUGUGAAGGAUGCCAAUCUAUGCGUAGAGUAAAUAGGAUCUUUUAUGCUAUUUAUGGAUUUAGAGAAAGCACAUGAUAGAGUUCCAAGAGGAAUACUACGUGGAUUUUGGUGACAAAAGCAUAAAAUCAUAUAUAUGCUAAUAUUGAGAUUGUAUCAAGAUAUUUUUGAUAAUGCUACCACCAAUAACCAUAUUGAAGAAGAUUGGUCAGUUUUGUGACCUAGAUUUUGGUUUGUGUAAAUGCCUAGCUCUCUGCCUUUUGUGCUAUUUAAAAACCAGAUAAUUCAUAUUAACAUCAAGAUUUUUGGGAUGUGUGCAUUGAUAGAGAUGAGAUUUUGUAAAUUUUUUCCUUUGGAUGCUUUCUAUAUAUGCAGUUAGGGUUGUAGCGGAUAUAAUUCCUGUGCUUUUUGGUGAUUUGAAAGAGCAGAACAAGUUGGUUUUCUGGGAUUUUUGACAAUAGCUUGGCAUCUUUUAAUUUGGGUUGUCAAAUGAUAUUGGUUUAACUGAUAUUUAGAUAGAUGGAGUCUUGCUUUGAUACAGGAUUUUUAGCCAUAGCAUGCCACUUAUCCAUGAAUGGUAUUACUUAGAUGUAUUACAAUUUUCAAGUUCAAUUUGAUGCCUGUACAAUUGGUUUAAGCAAUGCUGAAAGAUGAAGAGUUCUCAAUGCUAAGGUGAGUGGCAUCUGGAUGGUAGUCUAUAGGAUUAUGUGUAUGUUGGCCAAGCUUCUUUCUAUUUUCUGUGAAAUGAGGGCCCUACUGGUUCACGUUUGAGAAUUGGAAUGGUUGAGAUCCCUUAAUUAAAUUCUGCUAAACUCAUAUGCCCUGUUUUUUCGCUUGUGAA